AUAUAUCGAUAAAUUGAUAUAUUUUCCACAUCCCUAAUUUCAGAAGAAGAAGCGCACCACGCAUUAGUAAACUUUCAAUUGUUUGUGAAAUUUAUUAAAUAAAGUUGCUAAUAUUAAUAUAGAAGUAAGCCAAGAUGUCCAACAUAACGGCGGCGGUUAUAGCCAACCGCAACAAAAAACAUUUCCUGGGCGUUCCAGCUCCAUUGGGCUAUGUGGCCGGCGUCGGUCGAGGAGCCACAGGAUUCACCACUCGGUCCGAUAUUGGUCCUGCCCGUGAUGCAAACGAUGUAUCCGACGACCGCCAUGCUCCGCCGGCCACCAAACGUAAGAAAAAAGACGAAGAGGAGGAGGAGGACGAAGACUUGAACGACUCAAACUAUGACGAGUUUAGUGGUUACAGCGGCUCCCUGUUCUCCAAGGAUCCGUACGACAAGGAUGACGAGGAGGCGGACGCUAUAUACGAUUCGAUAGACAAGCGAAUGGACGAAAAGCGGAAAGAGUAUCGUGAUCGCCGGCUGCGUGAGGACUUGGAACGGUACCGCCAGGAGCGACCGAAGAUCCAGCAGCAGUUCAGUGACCUGAAACGCUCACUGGCCAGCGUCACAUCGGAAGAGUGGUCCACGAUUCCUGAAGUGGGCGAUAGUCGAAACAGAAAGCAACGAAAUCCCAGGGCCGAAAAGUUUACCCCUCUGCCGGACAGCUUGAUAUCCAGAAACCUUGGCGGCGAGUCGUCCUCUACGUUGGAUCCGUCCUCGGGCUUGGCUUCUAUGGUGCCUGGUGUAGCUACUCCUGGCAUGCUGACACCUACGGGUGAUCUUGAUUUGCGAAAGAUUGGCCAGGCUCGUAACACUCUUAUGAACGUCAAGUUGUCGCAGGUUUCCGAUUCCGUGACAGGCCAAACGGUGGUGGAUCCCAAGGGCUAUCUUACCGACCUGCAGAGUAUGAUUCCCACUUAUGGUGGUGACAUAAACGACAUCAAAAAGGCUCGUUUGUUGCUCAAGAGUGUGAGGGAAACGAAUCCUAACCAUCCACCAGCUUGGAUUGCCUCCGCCCGUUUGGAAGAAGUGACUGGCAAGGUUCAGAUGGCUAGGAAUCUGAUUAUGAGGGGCUGCGAAAUGAACAUCCAGUCUGAGGAUCUCUGGCUGGAAGCAGCUCGCCUUCAGCCGCCAGAUACAGCCAAAGCGGUGAUCGCGCAAGCGGCUCGUCAUAUUCCUACCUCGGUCAGGAUCUGGAUUAAAGCCGCUGACCUGGAAUCGGAGACCAAAGCUAAGCGUAGAGUUUUCAGAAAAGCUCUAGAGCAUAUUCCAAAUUCAGUUCGUCUUUGGAAAGCGGCUGUCGAACUUGAAAACCCCGAUGAUGCACGUAUUUUACUCUCUCGCGCCGUGGAGUGUUGCAACACCAGCGUUGAACUUUGGUUGGCUCUCGCCCGCUUGGAAACCUACGAGAACGCCCGAAAGGUCCUAAACAAGGCUCGCGAGAAUAUUCCGACUGAUCGUCAGAUUUGGACCACAGCUGCGAAGUUGGAGGAGGCUAAUGGUAAUAUUCACAUGGUGGAAAAGAUCAUUGAUCGAUCAUUGACCUCGCUGACCGUCAACGGAGUGGAGAUCAACCGUGAUCAGUGGUUCCAGGAGGCCAUCGAGGCGGAAAAAUCAGGAGCAGUCAACUGUUGCCAAUCCAUUGUUAAGGCUGUCAUUGGAAUAGGAGUGGAGGAGGAGGAUCGCAAACAGACUUGGAUUGAUGAUGCUGAGUUCUGCGCAAAGGAAAAUGCAUUUGAGUGUGCCCGAGCUGUUUACGCUCAUGCCCUGCAAAUAUUUCCCUCAAAGAAAAGCAUCUGGUUGCGAGCCGCCUACUUUGAAAAGAACCAUGGCACCCGCGAAUCUUUGGAGGCCCUGUUGCAGCGAGCAGUGGCUCAUUGUCCUAAAUCGGAGAUUCUCUGGCUGAUGGGGGCCAAAUCCAAAUGGAUGGCUGGAGACGUUCCAGCCGCGAGAGGUAUUUUAUCCUUGGCUUUCCAGGCCAAUCCCAAUUCCGAGGACAUUUGGUUGGCUGCCGUUAAGUUGGAAUCAGAGAACUCGGAAUAUGAACGGGCGAGACGCUUGUUAGCCAAGGCUAGAGGAUCGGCACCGACACCAAGGGUGAUGAUGAAAUCAGCUCGCCUGGAAUGGGCUUUGGAAAAGUUCGAUGAAGCUCUACGGUUGCUGGAGGAGGCUGUGGAAGUUUUCCCAGAUUUCCCCAAACUGUGGAUGAUGAAGGGUCAGAUUGAGGAGCAGCAGAGACGGACAGAUGAUGCAGCUGCCACCUAUACUCUGGGCUUGAAAAAGUGUCCUACGUCCAUCCCACUUUGGAUUCUUUCCGCCAACCUAGAAGAGCGCAAAGGAGUGCUGACGAAGGCUCGGUCCAUUUUGGAACGAGGUCGUUUGCGUAACCCCAAGGUGGCUGUACUCUGGCUGGAGGCCAUCAGGGUGGAGCUGCGUGCGGGUCUCAAGGAGAUUGCCAGCACAAUGAUGGCAAGAGCACUGCAGGAAUGUCCCAACGCUGGUGAGCUAUGGGCGGAGGCUAUUUUCAUGGAAACCAAGCCGCAGCGAAAGACCAAGUCAGUGGAUGCUCUCAAGAAAUGCGAGCAUGAUCCACAUGUGCUGCUAGCUGUAUCAAAACUGUUCUGGUCUGAGCACAAGUUCUCCAAGUGCCGGGACUGGUUUAAUCGAACGGUCAAGAUCGAUCCAGAUCUAGGUGAUGCUUGGGCGUAUUUCUACAAGUUCGAAUUGCUCCACGGUACGGAGGCGCAGCAGCAGGAGGUCCUCGAUCGGUGCAUUUCGGCGGAGCCCACGCACGGCGAGUCCUGGUGUCGGGUCAGCAAGAACAUCCAGAACUGGCAGUUCAAGACACCUGAGGUGCUGCGUGCCGUUGUCAGGGAGCUAUCCAUACCCAUCUAAGUUUUAAUUCUGUUUGGAUUAAACGCAUGCAGCCUAGCGCUGCACUUCUCUAUAACCUUUAA